GGACGAGCGUGCAGCAGCUCCGGCACCAGAGCACCGGCGGGUCUGCUGGAGGAGGAUUACCAUGAUAGCCACAACUCAGCAAAACAUGACCACCGAGCUGGACCUCGGCAGCUCGGACGGCCCCCCUCGGAACUGGAAGGGCAUAGGGAUCGCCGUGGUGGUGAUCCUGGCCGUCAUGUCUCUGGUCAUCCUCUCCGUCGUCAUCCUCACGCCUGAUGAGUCUCACUUGUUACUGCGUUCCCACGUGACCAUGGAGGAUCUGGAGAGUGAAGAGUUCAAAGUCUACGACCCCUGUGUGGCAUGGUCAAACGAGAAUGAAGUGACGCUGCGCACCAGAGAGGGGCACGUCCUGAUGUUCAGCCUCGCCAACAACCUCACCACAACUCUGCUGGACAACACCUCACUGGAUCUGACCACAACCAGAUUCCAAGUGUCCACGGACAAGAGAUUUGUCCUGUUGGCGUACAACAUUCGACCGGUGUUUUCUCAGUCCUUCACAGCCUUCUAUGCUAUCUACAGUGUGGCUAAUGGGGAUCUGCUGGAGCUUAACCCUCCAGACAGGGAGAAGACGGAGCUACAGUAUGCUUCUUGGGGACCACAGGGGAACCAGCUGGCGUAUGUGUUUGAUGGAGAUAUCUACUAUAAGCCCAGCGUGACGAGCACGCCACUGCGUCUCACAUCCACUGACCAGCAGCAGCAUGUGAUGAACGGGCUCUCUGACUGGACCUACGAAGAGGAGGUGCUUUUGACAUACGCCGCCCACUGGUGGUCCAUGGACGGCGCCCGGCUGGCAUAUCUCCGCAUUAACAACUCUGCUACACCCAUGAUGGAGAUACCUCACUUCCUGGGUGGCCUCUACCCCUCCAACGUGCUCUUCCCAUACCCCAAGGCUGGUUCUAGUAUUCCAUCAGUUAGGCUGUUUGUGGUGAAUCUCUAUGGUCCGGCUCAUACUCUGGAGAUGAUGCCUCCUGACUCCUUCAGGGCCAGAGACGGCUACAUCUCCAUGGUGACGUGGAUCAGCAGCACGCGGCUCGCAGUCCGCUGGCUCAAUCGGGCACAAAACCAAUCAGUUCUGUGUGUGUGCGAGGCCACCACAGGGGCGUGCUUAGAGAAACAUAAACUGGCCAUAGAUAUAAUGCAAAACCAACGACAGGAUGUCCCGCUGUUUACAUCAAAUGGCUCUGUUUUCUAUACAAUACUUCCUGCAAAACAAGGCGCUCGUGGAGAAUUUCACCACAUUGCUGGUCUUACAGCCCAGCCUGCCAUCCCCUCCGUCCCUCCUCGAUUCUUGACAUCAGGGAGCUGGGAAGUCACCUCACUCUGCGCCUUAGACGAGAAGGCUGGAAAAAUUUAUUUCCUGAGUACAGAAGAAUCGAGACAGAGCAGACAUCUGUACAGCGUGGACCUGACUGGAGUGUUUCAGCGCCAGUGCAUCUCCUGUAACCUGACUGAUGGAUGCCGCUUCUUCAAAGCCAUUUUCAGUCCCAAUCAAACCUAUUUCAUCCUCUACUGUUUGGGUCCAGGAAUCCCAAAAGUGACGGUUCACAGUACAAAGGAUCCCUCCAGAUAUGUCAUGUUGGAGGAUAACCGGCCUCUUUCUAAAGCCCUAGAGGACAAGAGGCUCCCCGAGACUCUGUUCAGGACACUUUCAGCAGACAACCAUGACCUGCACCUGAAAUUAUCUUUGCCUCGGGGGUAUGAGGCUAACCUUCACCCGCUCCUCAUCAUUGUGAAUGGCCUCCCCGGGAGUCAGUCUGUGACGGAGGAGUUUGCCCUGGACUGGCCUCAGGUCCUCUGCAGCACGUACGGCGUGGCCCUGGCCUGGGUGGACGGCCGGAGCGGGGUCGGCCGUGGACAGAAGACCACCGCCAUGGACCCACGGAAGCUGGGGUCCCUGAGAGUCAAAGAUUACCUGGGAGUCGUAGAGCUGCUGAUGCGGCUGCCCUAUAUCGAUGACCGUCGGAUGGCACUCUAUGGAAAGGGAUUUGGGGGUUAUUUGUCUCUCAAAAUGCUAGCUGCAACGGAUAAGCUCUUUCAGUGCACAGCUGCCGUGGCACCGAUAACUGACUUCAGGCUUUACGGGGCUGCCUUUUCAGAAAGAUAUCUUGGCCUUCCAGCAAAGGAGGAGCAUGCUUACUCGACUGCAUCUUUGCUGGAGGAGGUUAACAAGCUAAAAGAAGAAAACUUCCUUAUUUUACAUGGAACUGGAGAUGCUCGGGUACACUUCCAGCACAGCGCUGAGCUGCUGAGCCGACUGGUGAAGGUGGAGGCCAACUACUCGCUGCAGCUGUACCCAGAUGAGGGCCACACCCUGAGAGAGCCCCGGAGCAUCCAACACUUCCAGCGAUCCGUGGUGAACUACCUCCACACCUGCCUGAAGCACAACGCCCUCCUAGAUCCCCCCGAGGAAGAAGAGGAGGAAGAUGACUGAGGCCAGAAGUUCGCUCUCCCUUCUUCUGGACGGACUCAUAAAGAGAAACUGUAUACCAUGUUAUGCGCUAUGUUGGGUCAGGUUACCAGGCACAAGAGCAGAGGAGAGGGGACCAAACACAUAAUACAUCUCCUACAACUUUUGGAAAAAUCAAUGUACUGUAUAACAUGUUGCACACAAUUAUUUCUGCUAUUUUAUUGUAAGUUUGAGGCCCAGUUUGUUUACAACCCUUAAUUGAGAUGCUGUGAACUAGACAGCCACAAACUCAAUCAAAAGUUUACAAAGAUUUUAUUACAUGCAUGUCAUAAUGGCUGCAUGAUGUUGACUAUUGCAUUCUGUGUGUUUUAUCUACAAAAUUUAUACAUGCAAAAUAUACCAGCAGCCGGGAACACACUUACAGACUGAAAAUAACCAAUGAAGCUAUGAAAGGACUCAUCCUUACACAUUCAAUGUUUGCAUAAAUGCCUAAUAUUUUCCAUGGAGGUUUCUGCAUUAACUGGCUCUAGGAUCACCUCCCGAAUGACACCCACUCCUGUCUUAUAAAACCAAAUAUUUCAAACAGCUCUGAUGCAAGGAUUUUAAUCCCAAUCUAUAAAAUAAUAUGAAAAUUGUCUCUACCGGCCCCUGGUGAUGUAGCUGUAAUACCAGAUCUAUUUUAAUACUUUUUACAGUGUGUUCCCGGCUUAUGUAAAGUUUAAUGAAGCAUAUGAAUCCAUUUUAAAUGUGCCAAAUACAUUUUGUGGACUUUAUCUACUGUUUCUGUUUGCAUUAUGUGAUUAACAAUGAGUAUGCAGCUGAGACUAUUUAUACCACAAGCUCCAAGUCCAGUGGCUACAAGACCAUGUAGCUGUCUGUGUGCUGUGAUUAAAAGUAACAUUUAUGUUUUGAUACAUCUGGGCAUUUUAACCAUUUAUUGUGUAUU